AUGAGCUCAUCCUCGGGCACUGCUCCGCCUCACUCAUCACAGCCCACCACCAGCGCAACACAGGACAGGAGGACUACGGCCCCAUCGCUGUCACCUUCGGCCACGGACAAGGCACGCAUUCCAUCAACCUCAAGGCCAAGAUCCAGCCUCGCUCCCACAGCAUCGCACUCAUCAUCGCCUCGCACUAGAAAGGUCUCCACAUCCUCUGCUCACGCAAAAUCCGCCAGCUCCCCAGCCUCGCAACCCGCUCCCAAUGGCACCCGGCCCACCGCUCCCAGACCCUCGGCCACCGCUGCCCCCGCUGCCAUCCCUGCCAACCGCACCCCUACCAAGGCCACCAAGCGCGACGCAGCAGCAGCACCAACACCACCACCACCAGAUGCCGAGCGCCAACUCGACCUCGACGCCACCCAGCGCGUCGGCUUCGAGCCCCGUGGCCCGCAGGACCCCGCCUCGGCACAAAAGGACGCCAUCGUCUGGCUCGACAUCGACAACACCCUCUACAAGCGCAGCACCCGCAUCGCACAGCUCAUGGGCGAGCGCAUCCGCGCCUACUUUACCGGCAUGGGCUUCGGCACCGAAGAGGCCCGCAUGCUCCACGAGCAGUACUACAAGACCUACGGCCUAGCCAUCCGCGGCCUCGUAAAGCACCACGAAAUCGACCCGCUCGACUACGACAAAAAGUGCGACGCCAGCCUGCCCCUCGAAGACAUCCUCCGCCCCGACCCGGACAUCAUCCGCCUCCUCUCGGACCUCGACCGGACAAAGGUGCGCGUCUUUGCCCUCACAAACGCCUACAAGCAGCACGCCGACCGCGUCCUCAGGCUCCUCGACCUCGACGACCAGGUCGAGGGCAUCGUCUUCUGCGACUACGCCCUCCCCGACUUUUCCUGCAAGCCCGAGCUCGACUACUACCACGCCGCCAUGAAGCUCGUCGGCGCCGGCCCCGCCACCCGCUGCUACUUUGUCGACGACAGCGCCCUCAACGUCGUCGCCGCAAAGGAGCUCGGAUGGCACUCGUGCGUCUACUUCAAGGAAGACGACGACGACGACCAGGCGGGCAAGGGCGGCAGUGGCGGCAAGGCACGGGAACCGACCGACGAGGACCAAAAGGCGGCCAGGGACUUUGACCUGUCCGUCCUCGCCCCAAAGGCGGCCAACGGCGUGGCGCGGCAGGCCUACUUUGACGAGGACGCCAUCCGGUCGCAGUUCCAAAAACUGCCCUCGCACAUGCGCAUCCGCCUGCUCAGCAUCAUCCUCGACGCCUGCCUGCCCGGCGACAUUGCCACCAUGGCGCGCACCCUCGAGCGCCACCUGCGCUCGACGCGCGACGUCGUCAGCGGCCUGCCGGACUCGGUCGCCCUCAAGAUCUUUGAGAAGCUGCCCGUCCAGGACCUGCUGCGGUGCCGCCAGGUGUCGAAAAAGUGGCUCUCGCUCGCCGGCACGCCCGACCUAUGGCGCAGCCACGCGCUGGCGCUCACCGAGGGCGAUCCCGUCAAGGUGCAGCCGCCCGCCGAGCCAGAGGGCUGGGAGCCGCUGGUCAAGGGCCUCUUCUUCCGCGAGCGCAACUGGGCCAAGGGCAUCGCGCAGCGCAUCGACCUCUUCGAGGGCCACACGGGCUUCGUCACCGCCAUGAAGCUAAAGGGGCGCAAGACGCUCGUCACGGGCAGCUACGACGAGACGAUCCGGGUGUGGGACCUGUCGACGGGCACGACGAAAAAGGUGCUCAAGGCCAAGGCCAUUGCCUGCCUCGACUUCCUGCUCGACGAGUCGAUCCUCUGCGCCGGCCUCUACGAUACAGGCAGGGUCAUGGUGUGGGACAUGCGGACCGGCGAGGUGCUCCAGACGCUCUCGGGCCACAACCGCGGCAUCCGCAACGUGGCGCUCAACAGCGACUACCUCGUCAGCGUCGGCCAGGACAAGGCCAUAGUGGUGUGGGACUGGCGGGCGGGCAACAAGGUCGUCCGCUUCGGCCAGCAGAGCAACGUCUCGCUCGGCGUCUCGCUCGUCGACCACGACAAGCUGGUGGCCGUCACCGUCGACGGCGUCAUCCGCUGCUUUAGCAUCCGGCGCAAGGAGAUGAUCGGCCAGUUUCACCUCACCAAGCUCGGCGAGCCGAGCCUGGCGCUGGGCUCGCGCCUCGGCGACCUCGCCAGCGGCUCGGCGAUGCUCGAGUGGUUCGCGGCGCACGGCAACACGAUGACGGUGGCGUCCAAGAACCUCGUCGUCCACCUCGAGUGGCAGGAGCACGUCGUGCCCGUGUUCGACGAGGAGCCCACGUCGCCCUCGGAUGGCGUGCGCAGGAGCGCAUCCUCGCGCAUGGGCAUCAGCUCGCUCACCUCGGCGCCCUCGUCGACGCCGGUCCACGCCCGCACCCGGCGCGACUCGACCCAGAGCAACGCCAGCCACUCGAGCCCGGCCGCCGGCGUGCGGUCGCCGCUGGGCGAGCGGCGCGGGGCGCAGACGCCCAUCCGCUCGCGAAAGGACUCGACCGCCAGCAACGCGUCGGCCGCCAGCGCCACCGCGGCCAACGGCUCAGCGCGGAGCAAGCUGGAUGGCAUUGCGGCGAGGGGUCCGCUGUCGCCUACGCAGGCGACACCGGUCAACGGCGACAGUCGGGCAACGAGGAUCGCGCCCAACCUGAGUGUCUCGCCGCGCGUCAUUUCGAUACUCGAGACGCCCGACAUGGCGACGGGCUGCGUCGACCCGUCCAAGCGCCGCAUCGUCUGCGCCACGCGCUUCAGCUCGAGGGCGGGGGCGGAUCGACGGCUCUACACGAGCAGCCUCGGCUUCGACCUGGGCAAGACGUCGUCGCAGCUCCUCGCCUCGAGCAGUGGCGGUGCUGUCGAUGGUGAAAUGGCGGAGCCGCAAGGAACGACGGCGGCGGCGGAAGCGGCGACGAUGGCGGCGACGAUGACCGCGGCACAGGGUCCGAGAGAAGAAGGGGGAGACGAACAAGCGAAGCAGGCGUCGGUGUGGGCCAUCUCGGGCGCGUGGGCGGCUCAGGCCUCGGCGCUGCAGGUGCCCACGCGCAAUCCGAUGGCCAUGGUGCUGGACCACGAGAGCAUCGUCGUCGGCUGCCAGGACGGCACCGUCUACCGCGUCGGUAUGGUCGGAUCCGAGUACGGCCUUGCAGAUGCCGGAGCGGAGGGCGAGGGUGAGGGCCAGGAUGGCGACGGUGGAGAAGAGGGCAAGGUGGGCGAUGCUACGAUCCGGGAUCUGACGCAGCUGCGCGAGGUGUGGAAGGAAGUCUUUUUGCCGCACGACGCGCCGCCCGACCAUCCGGGCCGGAUCAGGAGGGAUCUGGUCAAGAGCAUCGGCCUCAAGUAG